UAAAAGUCGUUUUGCGGGCGCGCUGUGGGCAGCCUGUCACCUAAGAAGCAGCUCCGUCCGAAGCUCAGAGCGCAUAAUUCGCGCACAAUUCGUACGCGGGGCAGCCCCGGACGCCGGAGACGCGCGUCACAAUUCACAACGCCUACGAAAUGGAGCUACCCCAGGUCCUCGAACCGUAUAUUAAACAAGGCGUCCACAGUUGGACGGGCGAAGCACUCGCCGAGCUCGGCUACGACAAUUUCGAAGCGUUCCAGGCGUUCAGUCAAAUCCUAGACACGUUGGGUGCGGAGAGCGGCGACGCGCAAAAUCUCAAGGGCCCCCUGACGAGCGUAAAGAUCCUCAGGCAAGAACGGAGCCUCGGAGAGCAAAGAAGGUGUUACGUUCUAAGGGAACGAUCAAAAGUGCUUGGGUUGCUGACCGUGGGCCGGAAGCAUUUGUACUACUGGCACCGCGGGGGGGGCACAAAACAACUAGACCCGCUGUGUGUGCUGGAUUUUUAUGUGAGUGACCGGGCGCAGCGGUCCGGCCAUGGCUUUACCUUAUUCGACGCGAUGCUCGCGGCCGAAGGGAGGGAAGCGAGGUCGCUCGCGUACGACCGCCCGUCGCCCAAGAUGCUGCCCUUCCUGCGCAAACAUUAUGGUUUACAAGACUACAACGAGCAGCCGAACAACUUCGUGGUUUUUGAUGACUACUUUGAGAAUGGCGCGCCUUGUAGGCGCACGGAGGUCAAGUCUCCGUCAAAAUCGGACGUGAUUCAGGCGGACGCGGGGCGGGUCGUGGACAUCUUCUAGGUCUCUUGGCGUAUCUUUGUAGUUCUUACUCUUCGUAACGACAGC